AUGGCGGAGACUGCCGAGCCCAACCCAAUCGUCUUCUUCGACAUCACCCUAGGAGGGGAGAAGCUCGGUAGAAUCAAGAUGGAGUUGUUCAAAGAUGUAGUCCCAAAGACGGCUGAGAAUUUCCGCCAGUUCUGCACUGGAGAGACCAAGAACAGUCGAGGGCAGCCACAAGGCUACAAAGGCUGCAAAUUCCAUCGCGUCAUCAAAGGUUUUAUGAUCCAAGGCGGCGAUUUUGUAAAUGGCAAUGGCACAGGCUCGAGAACCAUUUGGGGAACUGAAAAGUUUGCCGAUGAGAACUUCACAUUGAAGCACGACAAACCAGGUCUUCUAUCUAUGGCUAACUCAGGUCCCAAUACCAACGGUUCCCAGUUCUUCAUCAUCACUGCGAAGAACGGCACCCCUCACCUGAACGGCAAGCACGUUGUCUUCGGAAAUGUCAUUGAAGGCAUGGACGUUGUCACCAAGAUUGAGAACACACGGACAGUAGCGAACCCAGAAGGAAAGCCAGUGCAAGAUAUCGCUAUUGCGCAAUGCGGUGAGAUGUGA